AUGGGACGCCAUAUCACUGGUGCUUCGAACCCAAUCGUAUUAUACGUAUCCGGAGGCAACACUCAAGUCAUCGCGUACUCGCAGCAAAUAUUCGGCGAGACGCUCGAUAUCGCUGUCGGAAACAUGUUGGACCGAUUUGCUCGAGUCAUCAGCCUCAGCAACGAUCCGAGUCCCCUCGAGUCAUCAGCCUCAGCAACGAUCCGAGUCCCGGAUACAACAUUGAGCAAACGGCAAAACGGUAAAGAGCGCUCUGACCUCCGGCUGGAAGCGGCUUGUUCCGUUGCCGUAUACAACAAAAGGGAUGGACGUCUCCCUUUCGGGAAAGAUGGUGAAUAUUCCGAAAACGAAGACGUUAUCACACCCGCGGAUCUUUGCUUCUCGCUUCAAGAGACCGUUUUUGCCAUGCUCGUUGAAAUCACAGAGCGCGCAAUGGCGCAUGUAGGUUCCAAAGAAGUGUUAAUCGUCGGCGGCGUUGGAUGCAAUGAGCGGCUACAAGAAAUGAUGGGGAUAAUGGCAAAAGAGCGUGGUGGAAGUGUGUUCGCUACGGACGAACGAUUUGUAUCGAUAAUGGUAUUAUGA